AUGACCUCGCAUCAGGCUCCUGCCCCCAAGAGGGAUGUCCACAACCCUCUUCUUUUCGAGGCUGCCUGGGAAGUCGCAAACAAGGUCGGUGGUAUCUACACUGUUAUCAAGACCAAGGCUCCCGUCACCCAUCAGGAGUAUGGCGAGCGCUACACACUCAUCGGCCCUCUCUCCUACAAGACCGCUCCUAUGGAGGUCGAGGCGGUAGAGCCCGAAGACCCGUUGCUCAAGCAGACGCUCGACAGCAUGCGCGAUGCCGGUGUCAAGUUUCUCUACGGACGCUGGCUCAUCGAGCGUGCUCCUCGUGUUCUGCUCUUUGACACCUCGAGCAUGUACCACCGCAUGGACGAGUGGAAGGCGGAUCUCUGGAACCUUGCUGGUAUCCCUACUCCUGCCAACGACCACGAGACCAACGAGACUCUUGUCUUCGGUUACCUCACCGCAUGGUUCCUCGGCGAGUACUCGAGCCGCGAGCGCUCACGUGCCAUCAUCGCCCACUUCCACGAGUGGCAAGCAGGUCUCGCUAUUCCACUUUGCAGGAAGCGCCACAUUGACGUCACCACCAUCUUCACCACCCACGCUACUCUCCUCGGCCGCUACCUCUGCGCAGGCAGCGUCGACUUCUACAACAACUUGCAAUACUUUGACGUCGACCACGAGGCGGGCAAGCGUGGCAUCUACCACCGCUACUGUGUCGAGCGCGCCGCGGCUCACUGCGCCGACGUCUUCACUACUGUCAGUCACAUCACCGCCUACGAGUCGGAGCACCUUCUCAAGCGCAAGCCCGAUGGUGUGCUGCCCAACGGUCUCAACGUCGUCAAGUUCCAAGCCAUGCACGAGUUCCAGAACUUGCACCAGAUCUCGAAAGCCAAGAUCAACGAGUUUGUCAAGGGUCACUUCUACGGCCACUUUGACUUUGACCUGGACAACACGCUCUACUUCUUCACGGCAGGCCGAUACGAGUACCGCAACAAGGGCGUUGACAUGUUCAUCGAGUCGCUCGCACGUCUCAACUACCAGCUGCAGAAGAGCGGUUCCAAGACCACGGUCGUCGCCUUCAUCAUCAUGCCCGCUGCCACGAAUUCGUACACCAUCGAGGCGCUCAAGGGCCAGGCCGUCACCAAGCAGCUGCGUGACACGGUCGAGCAGAUUCAGGCGCGCGUCGGAGAGCGUCUCUUUGACAAGCUGGCGCGCUACCAGGGCGAGCCCAAGGGCGAUGUCAUCGACCCCGCUACGCUGCUCUCCGAUGCCGACAAGAUUGCGCUCAAGAAGCGCAUCUUUGCCCUCAAGCGCAACUCGCUCCCGCCCGUCGUGACGCACAACAUGCAGGACGACAGCGAGGAUCCCAUCCUGAACCAGAUCCGUCGCGUCCAGCUCUUUAACCGUACCAGCGACCGUGUCAAGGUCAUCUUCCACCCCGAGUUCCUCAACGCCAACAACCCAAUUUUGGGACUUGACUACGAAGAGUUUGUGCGAGGUUGCCACUUGGGUGUCUUCCCUUCGUACUACGAGCCGUGGGGUUACACGCCUGCCGAGUGCACCGUCAUGGGUGUCCCCUCGAUCACCACCAACCUGUCCGGAUUCGGCUGCUUCAUGGAGGACACCAUCGAACACGGCGAGGACUACGGCAUCUACAUUGUCGACCGUCGCAUGAAGAGCGUCGAGGACUCGGUCAACCAGCUCACCGAUCAGAUGUUCAGCUUUAGCCAAAAGACGCGUCGUCAGCGUAUCAACCAGCGCAACCGCACCGAGCGACUCUCGGAGCUGCUCGACUGGAAGCGUCUCGGUCUCGAGUAUGCCAAGGCUCGACAGCUUGCGCUGCGUCGUGCCUACCCAGACUCGUUCCACGAGGACGACACCAUCGAGAGCUACUUUGACGACAUUCACCACGACGGCAAGAUGCCUCCACCGCUGUCGAUGCCCGGCUCGCCAAGGGGUGGGUUCGGCGACGGUGCCAGAACACCGGGCGAGUUCGGCACGCUCACCGAAGAGCUGCAGGGCCUGUCGACGUCCGACUACCGAGGUCACCAGCAGUUCUGGAAGAGCAUGAGCCAGGCUGGCUCGGACGACGAGGAGGAGGCGUACAGGUUCCCGCUCGUCAUCAAGGGUCGUACGCGAGGCACGUCGGUGGGCAGCAUGAGCGGUGCUAGCACUCCCGGUCUCGGCGGCGGAAAGUACCUCUCGAGUGCGGAUCUCGAUCGCGCCGAUGCUGCGCUUAGCAGUCACAGCGGUGCGCCCAACGGCAAUGGCAACGGUCAUUAA